AUGCAUCGAUGCCGUUGGUUCCGGGGUCGGAUGCUGGGAGGGAGUUCAUCAAUCAACGGCGCCUUGUACACCCGGGGAAACCGCAAGGACUACGACAACUGGGCCGCCAUGGGGAAUCCUGGCUGGUCCUUCAACGACCUCCUCCCGCUUUUCAAGAGAGCGGAGAACUUUCUCGUCGAGGAUGUUUCUGCGAGAGACGCGUUUUAUCACGGGAAGGGUGGAAACAUUCCGAUAUCCCACACGUACUCUUCAAAGCUUCUCCCGGCAUUCAUCGAGGCAGGAAAGAGUCUGGGCUUCCCCUAUAAUCAUGAUUACAACGGUGCCUCUCAGUAUGGUAGAUUCCAAUUGGCGAACAAGCGGGGAAUCCGGUACAGCGCGGCCAAGGCUUAUCUGACGCCUGUGAAGCAUCGCAAGAACCUCCACGUCAUCCUCAAUACCAUCGUGUCCAAAGGGCAGCAGACAACCUCGGCGAUUUUUUUUCUUAAGACUGACGAAUUGGUAUUGAGACUGUGGACCGUCAUGAUUUACUUUCCCUUCCAGAUUGUCUUUGACGAGGCGACAAAGACGGCGAAAGGAGUCGAAUACCUAACCUUAGACGGUUCCAAGCGCUUCGUAUCAGCGAAGAGGGAGGUGAUCCUGUCGGCUGGGGCUGUUGCUUCUCCUCAGCUCCUCAUGCUCUCUGGCAUCGGACCCGCAAACGAACUCCGGAAACAUCAGGUGUGGUUCGACUUCAUGCCCUCUGAAUUCCCUCGUUAUGUAGUUAUUCCUCCUCUGGUGGAUCUCCCAGUCGGCGAGAACCUUCAAAGUCAUGCGGGUGCCGGAGGCCUCUACUUCAGCAUCAAGGAGAAGUCUGGCUUCUACCUCCCUGACCUAUUCACCACUGAGCUCAUCCCGAGCACGCUCCAAUACGUCUUGGAGGGCGACGGGCCCUUCUCGACUGCAUACGGUUUCGAAGGGAUCGCUUUCGUCAAUACGUCCUUUGCCGAGGAUCCGGAUUGGCCGGAUAUGGUAAUCACCUUCAGUUCGCAGACAAUAGGCACGGACGGAGGGAUGUUAUAUCAACCGAGAAUCGGACUCGAAGACGAGGCGUGGAAAACGUACAAGGGUUUGCUUCUUCGACCAGGUUUUGGAUUUUAUCCGUAUGCUUUACGACCGAAAAGUCGAGGGAAGAUUUCUCUGAGCAGUACAGACAUUUUGGACCAUCCGGUCAUUAUAGGGAAUUAUUUCAAGCAUCCAGAUGACAUGAGGAGCAUGAUCGAAGCCAUUCGUUUACUACUGCUAUUGGGAGAGCAACCUGCAUUCAAGAGACUCGGAGCCAAAUUCUACAGUCAGCCUCUGCCUGGCUGCAGCCAUCUGAAUCAGUUCACAGACGAAUACUGGGAAUGUCACAUUCGACAGUUCACAUAUCUGCAUUUUCACGAUGUCGGCACGUGCAAAAUGGGGCCUCCUGAGGAUCUUACGGCUGUUGUGAACCCAUCCCUUCGGGUAUAUGGAGUGAAGAACCUUAGAGUGGCGGAUGCAUCCAUCAUGCCGGCGAUCGUCUCCGGCAAUACCAUGGCAGCAUGCAUCGUGAUCGGGGAGAAGGCCUCCGACCUCAUCAAGUCCUCGUAUGAUCUCUGA